UAGCGCAGGGGCUGGUAGGUAGGUCAGACCAACGACCGAAACUCCAGUAUUGGGAACGGGUCGAUGAACCCCUAGUACCUAGUGGUCCUCAUCCUCCUCCAUCGUAUGACCGCAUUAUUUUCAUUGUUGGCAUUGUUUACUGUAUAAGCUCGAAAGGUUACCAGUUCCCUCCCGUGUAUGACUCGUUAAGGAUAUCAGUUUCAGAAAGCCAGCUGUAGGAUGUGAAGAAAACAAUAAAGAUGGAGACUUUUUGGAUUACCGCUUUAACGUGUUUCUUCAUCUGGAUAUCCUACAAGUGGUACGCGAACUCCAGGGUUCUGCCUCCAGGUCCUUGGAAUUUACCAAUAGUGGGUUACUUAACUUGGCUAAACCCUCAACUUCCUUAUAUCACCCUAACAGAACUAUCUCGCAAAUAUGGUCCUAUUUAUGGGAUAUAUCUCGGCAAUAUUUACACCGUGGUUAUUUCGGAUGUAAAAAUCAUUAAGAAGACCUUCAACAAAGACGCUACAUCUGGACGAGCGCCCUUAUAUUUGACGCAUGGGAUUAUGAAAGGUUUCGGACUAAUUUGUGCAGAAGGUGAAUUGUGGAAGGACCAACGCAAAUUUGUCCACAACACUUUAAGAGGACUAGGUGCCGCCAGAGUGGGCCACAACAGAACAAAUAUACAAAAUUUAAUUAUGCAUAAUGUUUCUGAUUUUGUGCAAUAUAUUAAAAGCCAAGGAAAGCAGGUGACGCUAGAUCCUUUAGAACCCCUUCGUCACAGUCUUGGAUCUGUUAUCAACCAACUGGUUUUUGGUAAGUCAUGGUCCCGUGACGAUAAAUUGUGGAAGUGGUUACAACAUCUCCAAGAAGAAGGAACAAAACACAUCGGAGUGGCAGGCCCAUUAAACUUUUUACCAUUUUUAAGAUUCUUACCAACAUUCAGCGAAACCAUAAAGUUCUUAAUUGAAGGAAAACAAAAAACUCACAAAAUCUACGAAAAACUUAUCUCUGAACAACAGUUUUUGGAAAAAACUCCCGAAAAUAACUUUAUUCAGGCGUUUCUUAAUGAACGCAGUAGACGUCAAGAUGACGACAAAGAAAAGUUUUACAACGACGAACAGUUUCAUCACUUAUUAGCGGAUAUUUUUGGCGCCAGUUUAGAUACUACAUUAGCAACACUAAGAUGGUACUUGUUAUAUCUAGCUGUAUAUCCGGAAGUACAAAACAAAAUUAGAAAACAUCUUACAGACAUAUUAGGGACCAACCUUCCAACACUCGAUGAUUUAUCAUCUUUACCGUACAUGGAGGCUUCUAUUGCGGAAGUUCAAAGAAUCAGAUCUGUCGUUCCUGUUGGUAUUCCUCACGGUACUUUAGAAGAAAUGAAUAUUGAGGGUUAUUCAAUUCCUAAAGGAACUAUGAUUGUUCCUUUACAAUGGGCCAUACAUAUGAAUCCAGACACGUGGAAGGAUCCACAAUGUUUUAAACCAGAACGGUUUAUAAAUGAAGAGGGCAAGUUCUUCAAACCGGAAGCUUUCAUUCCAUUUCAAGCAGGGAAAAGGAUGUGUGUCGGCGACGAAUUGGCCAGGAUGUUCAUGUUCCUGUAUGGUGCCACCCUUAUCCAGAAUUUUACGAUUUCUUGCGAGAAUAUCGAAACGGACUUGACUGGGGAAUGUGGAAUCACUCUAACACCAAAACAACAUGAAUUAAUUUUUUCGAGUUUGUAGAAUCAGCUUUGUUUGUAAACUGUAUAAGAAAUAAAAGACGUAGUUCAUAAUUUAAAGUAAAAAAA